ACCAGUUCAUUUCCGGCUGAGCUCUGCGGGUUGUCCCGAAAGGACGCUCUGUGCCUCACUUUGUCUUCUCUCUCUCUCUCUCUUUCUCUCUCUCUCUCUUUCGCUCGCUCGCUCUUUGAUUCGGAGGCUUCCCACGCAUGCGCUUGGAGUCGCUUAAAACCAUGAGAGUCUUAAUCGGUGGUGGGACUGGAUUUAUUGGUCGAAACUUAAGCCGGAUGCUAAGGAGCCAAGGCCAUGAAGUAACCCUUAUUUCUCGUGAACCUGGAAAGAACCGGUUAACCUGGGAUGAACUGUCCCGUGUCGGUCUCCCUUCCUGUGAAGGAGUGGUCAACCUGGCUGGAAUAAAUGUCCUCAAUCCUCUUCAGAGGUGGAAUGAUGCUUUCCGUCAGGAGGUCAUUUCCAGCCGAGUAGAGACCACAAAGUCCUUGGCAAAAGCCAUCAGAGAGGCCGAUCACCCACCUCAGGCCUGGGUUCUUGUCACCGGCAUAGGAUAUUACCGGCCCAGCCACACCACCAAAUACACUGAAGAGAGUCCCGGUGGAGACUUCGAUUUCUUUUCUCGCUUGGUGAGCUCUUGGGAGGAAGCAGCUAAAAUUCCUAGUGAAGCCACGCGCCAAGUGGUAGUGAGAUCUGGUGCUGUUCUGGGUAAAGACGGUGGCGCCAUUAGCCAGAUGAUAUGGCCUUUCCGCUUUGGGCUGGGAGGCCCCAUCGGUUCCGGACACCAGCAUUUCCCGUGGAUCCACGUCGCCGACUUGUCAGGAAUUGUGAGCCACGGGCUGCAGAAAGAGGGCCUGAGGGGCAUUUUAAAUGGUGUGGCACCAUCCGCCGUGGACACCACCAAUGAGGAUUUUGCCCGAGCAAUGGGGUCGGUGCUCAAACGUCCCGCCUUCUUGCCCCUGCCGGGUUUUGUAGUGAAAGCUGUUUUCGGCUCCGAGCGAAGCACCAUGCUGCUCGACGGGCAGCGGGUGGUCCCCAAGAGGACUCUCGAGAGUGGCUACAUGUUUGCAUUCCCCGACCUUUCCUCUGCUCUCCAGGAUAUUUUAGAUUGACCUGAGGAGGCCUGAGGCUGCAUGUCGACAUGUUUCCGUUUUGUCUAAUACUUCCUGGGUAGGCGCAACGCUCAGUUCUUUUCAGUAGGUUGGCUUGCAAUGCCGUAGGUUGUUUUGAGCACCGGAGUUUUCAAGUCAGGAAGUUGAUCUGUUCAAAAAAAAAA